UGGCAGGCAGCAGCGCUUGUUGUGCCCACACCUUGGCAUGGACGUUGCUGCUUGGUAGCUCAGGUGUUGGCAUGAACAGAAUUCGGAUCCAUGUUUUGCCGUCAAGCCGAGGACGCCUUACUCCUGUGCCGCGGCCGCAGGAGCCUCUGUCAUGUGCCUUCACUCACCGCCAGUGCUCCCAGCCGCGGCUGGAGGGGCAGGAGUUUUGUAUUAAGCACAUUCUUGAAGACAGGAGUGCCCCUUUCAAGCAGUGCAGCUACGUUUCAACAAAGAAUGGAAAGCGGUGUCCCAAUGCUGCACCCAAACCAGAGAAGAAGGAUGGCACGUCGUUCUGCGCGGAGCAUGCCCGUAGGAACACUCUGGCGCUCCAAGCUCAGAUGAAGAAGUCCAAUCCUGGGCCUGUAAGCGAGACUCUCCUUUGCCAGCUUAGCUCUUACGCCAAAACAGAGCUGGGCUCCCAGACCGCAGAGAGCAGCCGCAGCGAAGCCAGUCGGAUCCUAGAUGAGGACAGCUGGAGCGAUGGCGAGCAGGACCCUAUCACAGUGGACCAGACGUGGCGAGGGGACCCGGACAGCGAGGCUGACAGCAUCGAUAGCGACCAGGAGGAUCCCUUGAAGCAUGCUGGCGUGUACACAGCUGAGGAGGUGGCUUUGAUCAUGCGAGAGAAGCUGAUCCGCCUGCAGUCUCUCUACAUUGACCAGUUCAAACGACUCCAGCACCUUCUGAAGGAGAAGAAGCGCCGAUACCUGCACAGCCGCAAGGGAGAACAUGAAGCCAUAGGCAGCAGCCUUCUGACAGGCCCGGAGGGGCUGAUGGCCAAGGAACGUGAGAACCUGAAGCGCCUGAAGUGCCUGCGCCGCUACCGGCAGCGCUACGGCGUGGAGGCCCUGCUCCACCGGCAGCUGAAGGAGCGCAGGAUGCUGGCGACCGAUGGCGCUGCCCAGCAGGCGCACACCACCCGCUCCAGCCAGAGGUGCUUGGCCUUUGUCGACGACGUCCGAUGCUCCAACCAGUCCCUUCCGAUGACCAGGCACUGCCUUACGCACAUCUGUCAGGACACUAAUCAGACUCUGUUUAAACCGUGUCAAGGCUCCGAGGAAGUGCCCUGCAACAAGCCAGUUCCCGUGAGCCUCUCCGAGGAUCCGUGCUGCCCGCUCCAUCUCCGGUUGCCUCCGCAGAUGUACGUACCCGAGCAGGUGCUGGCUGUCCCUGAGGAGCUGGAAGCUGCCCCCACGGACCUGUACUUGAGCGCUGCUGAGCUCCAGCCCACAGAGAGCUUGCCCCUGGAGUUCAGCGAUGACUUGGACGUGGUGGGCGAUGGCAUGCAGUGUCCCCCGUCCCCUCUGCUCUUUGAUCCUUCUGUGGCCCUCGAUCAGUCCCUCAGAGACGUUGCCGAGGCCCCCAUAGACAUACUGGCCCUGGAGGAGCCCUCCCACCCAGGCCUCCCUCCGCAGAUGGCGCUGACGGACAGAGGGAGCUCCUCUGCCCUCGUCUUCUCCCCGGCUGCCGAGCCUCCGGCCGAGCUGCCUGCGCAGAGUCACCUGCCCAUGGCAGCAUGCCGCGGCUGGAGGAAACCGCCUUCUCCGCCCAGGCCCGUGGAGCGGCCGCCAACGGGAGCCUGGAGCCGGCAUCUCCGGAGUCGCCGGCCCCGGGGCCGCUUCCUGCGCCGGGGGCAGCGCGAGGGGGGCCCACGAGCCCACGGGCACCACGGGCCGCCCUGGGGACCUGCCUGGGUUUGCUGCCGGCCCCGCGGGCUGCAGGAGGACGGGGACAGCACAUGCGAGGUCCGGCCGCGUGUGCCGGUGACACUGCGGAGGGACGGGGCUGGGGACGUCCCAAGCAAGGUAAGGGGGGUCCGGGCUGCCCAGGGCCUGGCAGUGCCGGCCAGCGGGGACCCCGGCCUGACGUGCGUCCCCCUGCAGCCAGCGAUGUCGGAGAGCGUGGCCGAGGCGCCGGGAGACGGGAGCCCCGUGGCACUUGGCGAGACGGGCACCAGCCAUGAGCUCCUGCAGCGGCUGCGGGAGCUGGAGGCAGAGAACUCGGCCCUGGCUCAGGCCAACGAGAACCAGCGGGAGACAUAUGAGCGCUGCCUGGACGAGGGUUGUGGGGGGCGGCGGGACCUGCGUGAGGAGUGCAUCAAGCUGAAGAAACGGGUCUUUGACCUGGAGCGCCAGAACCAGGCGCUGAGCGACCUCUUCCAGCAGAAGCUGCAGCUCUCGGCUGGAUCCCUGCCCCAGCUGCCACUGCACCCGGUGCCGGUGCCCCUGGAUGCCGCAGCCAGCCCCCAGCCGGGCUCCACUGAGCAGCCGCCCCCGCCGCUGACCCCCAGUCAUUGCAUCGCCCCGCUGGAGUGUCCCCAUCCCUGA